CAGAGGUACGCUGCAGGAAGGCGGCGAAUGCGGACCGCUGCCUAUCCCGACGUCGAAGAGGCUCUGCUCACUUGGUUCAGGUACGCCAGGGCUGCGAACAUCCCGAUUACAGGGCCCAUCUUGCAGGGGAUGGGAGUCACGCUGGCGCAGGAACUAGGCCACCCGGAGUUCUCUUGUAGUGUAGGGUGGCUGGAUCGCUUCAAGGCGCGUCACGGACUGACAUUUAAUCCCAAAAACAGUCAGGAUUCGGGAGCAGGGACGUUCAAUGAACCGGAAGACCGAGUGCCAAGUCCAGUGCCAGCAGUGCCUGCAGAAGAGGACUCCAGACCGGAGAACCCGGACUCGUGGCACCUUCCUUCGAUGCCAGCUGUUGGCACCACCAGCACGGCAUCCGGAGAGGGUGCCUCCAAUUCGUGGCUCCCAUCCAACGCCGCUUCAACCCCUAAUGCUACCUCAGCCGCAGAAUCACUGGAUCAGCUUAACAAGUCGUUUCCAUCAACGCUUUCCGACGAGCAAGACGAGGAGAUGGGCGAAGGUGUCGGCGGAGGCACCGCGGAUUCCUGGCUGCGGGCGACGAUACCUGCGCUGCUGAGAGAGUACAAACCCCGCGACAUCUUCAGUGCCAGCGAGGCGGCCCUCUUCUACAACCUCCUGCCCGACAGAUCCCUGGUGCUGAAGGGCGAGGAGGGCCACAAGUGGACGUGGAUGAAGGAGAGGCUGACGCUGAUGGUGGCGGCGAACAUGGACGGCAGCGAGAAGCUUCCCCUGCAGGUGAUCGGCCAGAUGAAGGAUCCCAAGUCAAUAUACGAGAUCGAAGCCCUUCCCAUGCCGUACGAGGCGAACGAGUCGGCCAUGAUGACUCCCGCCGUUUUCGAGAUCUGGGUGAGGCGACUCGAGGAGAGGUACCGAAGACUAAAUAGAAAUAUUAUCAUAAUACUCGAUUCCUGCCCCGCGCAUGCGAAUAUAAACAAUCUCACGAACGUUAAACUUACUUUCCUUCCGCAAGACACCACGUCGAGAUUACAGCCCGUCGAGCAAGGGCUUAUACAAAAAAUAAAAGCUUUAUACCGUCGCUUCGUUCUCGAGAGACUCAUCGAUUAUAACGAUAGAGGACAGGAGUAUGAAAUUACGAUCUUAGAAGCAAUGGAACUCCUACAGGACGCGUGGAAGGACAUCAAGUCGGACUUCAUCGUCAGCUGCUUCAAACGAGCAGGCAUGGAGCCGCCGAAGAACCACGAAAGCGCCCAAAUCUUCUCGGCAGAGGACGAGCAGAGGCUGCUGGAGCGAGCGAGGGGCGCCGGCCUCGACGUCCCGACGGAGAUCACCUUCGAGUCCUACCUCAACGUGGACAGUCAAGUCCAGACGACCAUCGAACAGGGCGAGGAAUCUCCGCCUCCGAGUACUCAGCUCGAGGAGGACCCUGCCGAGAGCGAGGCCAGUCAAGGAGCCACUUUCCCGACGGAGGCCAUGCAGGCGGUGGCCACGCUGCGGAAGUUCGUGCAGGAGCAGGGUGGGGCGGAGCUGUUCCUCGGCUCCUUGGCUGACCUGGAGGCGUGGGUGGCCAAGCACGUUGUCAAGCCGGAAGUGUCGUUUGUGUCGGACUAAUAUUUAAAAAAAAAAAUUAUAUCCAUAUACAAACAAAGAAACAGUGACCAGUAGUGUUCGAAUGAAUAUAAAACUAAUCAAAAGCCACACAAACACAGAAAAAGACAAUUUUUUUUACACAAUAAUAA